AUGUUGAUGUCUGGUGCAAUGACCAAUCCGGACACAAGCCUGUUGGGUACGGCCGAGGGUCUGGUCGGUAGUCUGGCCAGCCUGACCGCGGUACCCGGCACCGGCGGCGGUGGCGGUGGCCAGCAAAAGGACACCACGUGGACCAAGCUAUUUGUAGGCGGACUUCCGUACCACACCACAGACAAGUCGCUAAGGGAUCACUUCGCGGUGUACGGCGACAUCGAAGAGGCAGUCGUCAUCACUGACAGACAGUCCGGCAAGAGCAGGGGAUACGGAUUUGUGAGUAUACAACUGCACGACCACUACGUUUUAAUUACACAAUAA